CCCUGCCCUGUGUCCUACUUCCUGUCCAUUUGGCCUCUGUGGAGGUCAGCCCCAGUGGUCUGUGUUCCUCGUCCUCUCUGUUCCCUGUGCUUGGUGCCAGGAGGGUUAAACCACUCCAAGUGUCCAAGAGUGAAGAAACGCCCGAAGUCAAGACUAGGGAGGAGAAGUAUCUCAGAACCCAUCAUUCCCGGCCGCCUUGCAGGGCCGCUGAGGGCCUUUUACCAGAUCCCACCCCCAAGCAGGCACCGCCUCCAGGAAGCCCUCUGAGCUCCACCACCAACCACCUUGUGUUGAGCUGCCAAGCCUCUUGCUCUGUCCCCCACCAUUAGUCUCGCCGGGCUUUUGGGUGCACAUCAAGCACAUGCAGCCGAGGAGCCACUCAGCCAGGGUUGCCAGGCUGAGUUUGGGCAGCAUGACCUGGUUCUCGCUGCUGGCCCUGCUGCUUAGAAUGGCGAGCACCACCCAAGAUAGGACAGCCUCUGUACCUCUGGCCAGCCUGGUGGUGACAGCAGCGGGUCCCCCCACAGAGGUGCAGCAGUUUCCCUUCCACACGACAGCCCCCGAGGGGGGCUCGGUCAGCAUCACCUGCUCCAGCAGCAAGCCCCUGUACGGGAUCUUCCUGAAGCAAACCUGGCCACAGACCACCAACGUGAUUUACUACGAUGGAAAGCAGCCCACCGUGGACAAGCAGUUCUGGAACCGCAUUGCCUUCUCCGGGUCUCAGGAAAACCUAACCAUCACCAUGAACCACCUGCACCUAGCCAACUCAGGCGUCUACACCUGCCAAGCUGUCAUGGAAGAUGACAUCUGGGGCUCAGGCACCAUGGUCGUGGUGACAGAAAAGCUGUCCCAAGGAGUAUGCAGGUGUCAGGAGCCUCAGCUGAUGUCCGUCACCCUCCCAUCUAUCCUUACUGUGGGCUUCUUCCUCAUCGGGAUAGGCCUGGGCAUGGUGUGCAUACUGAGGAGGUCACAGAUCAAGAAGCUCUGUACCUCCGAGUCUAAGAACCCCUCGUGCAUGGUGUAUGAAGACAUGUCUUACAGCUGCCGCAACACCCUGUCUGCCCCGAACCUCUACCAGUGAACCCACCGGGCCCUCUGUCCCUCUCCCACCAUCCCUUAGGCCCUGCCUCAGCAGAGCUCAGAGGUCUGCUGACCUGCUGACUCACCCAGCCCAGCUCGCCCACUGCCUCUGUGCAGGCCACUCUCGAAGGCACUCCUCCAUGCUUCUGGUGUGUACAGGCGCCUCCUCAAGGAGGGCUUCCCUGCCUGCCCGGAUACCCCAAGGUGGCCCUGGUCAUGCUGCCAUCCGGGAAAAGCUGAGCUUUGUCCUUUGGCAGCACCCUUCCCCUCCCAAGACCAAGGAGCCCCUUCUUUGUUGGGUGGAUUCCCAAGCCCUGGGAAUAAAUAGCCUGGCAAAGUGAGCAGAGAGGCCCAGUCCCCAUCCAGCUCAUGAGAAAUAAAGCACUUAUAUUGUUCC